GCGCGCACUCACUCACUGACCGGAGCACAACAAAAGAAAGGAGCUCUGCGCAUCAGAGUCAAAACCAACUAGAGCAUCCCCGUCUCUUUCCCCCUUCUGACUUUCCCCCACCUCACCUCACCGUCUUCACGUGUCCUCCGCCCCUCUCCUCGCCGCUCCGCCCGACCUCCUUUUCGCCGUCUCCAGCGGAAAUCUCGCGACUCGCUCUGCGCGAGGUGGGAAAGCCGGCGACCGAGAUCUCCGUCAGGAUUGGAGUUCUUUCCCCUUCUUUCGUUCGGUUCUUGCCGGAAUUGCCAAGGACAGUUUUUUUUUAACCCAUCUGCGCGUGAGUUCUUGAUUCAUCCGGCCGGCGGCGGCGGCGCAGGGUGUGGAGUAUGCGGUUCUAGCCGCGGAUUCCGUCGGCUUUCCAUGCCAACGCUCCGCCGCAACUCGCCGGAGAUGGGAGGCCGCCGCGGCCUGUACGGCUUCCUGCUCCUUUUUGCCGCCGUGCUGCUCCGCGGGCACGCCCAGACGAACCAGACGUGCGACGCUGACGACCUGGCGGCGCUGCGGGCCUUCUCCGACAGCCUGGACGGGGAGGGCGCCGGGUGGGGCCGCGACGGGGCGUGCUGCUCCUGGGCGGGCGUCUCCUGCCACCUCGGGAGGGUGGUGGGGCUGGAUCUCUCCAACCGGAGCCUCCGAGGCGACGUCUCCCCGUCGCUCGCCUCCCUGACCCGCCUCACCACGCUCAACCUCUCCCGCAACGCGCUCCACGGCCGGGCGCCGCGGGGGCUCGCCGCGCUGCCGGGGCUGCGCCUGCUCGACCUCAGCGCCAACGCGCUCUCCGGCGCCUUCUUCCCGUCCACCGACCUCGGCGGCGUCUUCUUCCCGGCGAUCGAGGUGCUCAACGUCUCCUUCAACGAGUUCGCCGGGCCGCUCCCCGCGUUCCCCGGCGCCGGGAACCUGACGGUCCUCGACGUGUCCGGCAACGCCUUCUCCGGCAGCAUCAACGCCACCGCGCUCUGCGGCGGCGGCGCGCCGCUCAGGGUCCUGCGGCUCUCGGGGAACCCGCUCUCCGGCGAGUUCCCCACCGGCUUCGGCCAGUGCAAGGCGCUCGCCGAGCUCUGUCUCGACGGCAAUGGCCUCUCGGGCAGCCUCCCCGGCGACCUGUUUGCCAUACCGGGGCUGCAGAGGCUGAGCUUGCAGGAGAACAGCCUAUCCGGUGGCAUCGACAACCUCGGUAACCUCUCGCAGCUCGUGCACAUCGACUUGUCGUAUAACAGGUUCACUGGCUUCAUCCCUGACAUGUUUGGGAGGUUGAGGAGGCUGGAGUACUUAAACUUGGCCACCAAUGGCUUCAAUGGCACAUUGCCUGGUUCCUUGUCAAGCUGUCCGACGCUGAGGGUGAUCAGCCUGAGGAACAAUUCGCUCACCGGCGAGAUUGCGAUCGACUUUGGCUUGCUGCCAAGGCUGAACACGUUUGAUGUUGGGACAAAUAGGCUGAGUGGUGCUAUACCUGCUGGCCUCUCCCGGUGCGCCGAGUUGAGGACGCUGAACCUUGCGAGGAAUAGGCUUGAGGGAGAGAUACCGGAGAGCUUCAAGAAUUUGAGCUCACUGUCGUACCUGUCGCUGACAGGGAACAACUUCACGAACCUGUUGUCGGCAUUGCAAGUCUUGCAGGACCUGCCCAAACUGACCAGCUUGGUGCUCACCAACAACUUCCAUGGGGGUGAGAUUAUGCCAGUGGAUGGCAUCAGUGGGUUCAAGAGCAUACAGGUGCUUGUCCUAGCAAACUGUGCGCUCUCCGGCGAGAUUCCCCGUUGGCUGCAGACCUUGGAGAGCCUCAAUGUGCUGGAUAUUUCCUGGAACAAGCUGCAUGGUAACAUCCCCCCUUGGUUAGGCAAUCUGAACAAUCUCUUCUACAUUGAUCUGUCAAACAAUUCGUUCACCGGGGAACUCCACGAGAGCUUUACACAGAUGAGGGGCUUAAUUUCAAGUAAUGGCUCGAGCGAGCUGGCAUCAACAGUCUACGUCCCGUUAUUUGUCAAGAAGAAUUCAUCGGGCAAAGGUUUGCAGUACAACCAAGUCAGCAGCUUCCCGCCGUCACUGAUCCUCUCCAACAACUUGCUUGCUGGCCCAGUAUUGCCAGGGUUUGGCCAUCUUGUGAAGCUUCAUGUGCUGGACUUGAGCUGGAACAACUUUUCAGGGGAAAUUCCUCAUGAGCUGUCAAACAUGUCAAGCUUGGAAGUCUUGAAUUUGGCCCACAAUGAUCUCAAUGGGAGCAUACCAUUAUCUCUGACAGAGCUGAAUUUCCUCUCCCAGUUUGAUGUGUCAUACAACAAUUUGGAAGGAGUUAUCCCUACCGGGGGCCAAUUUUCGACAUUCGCAAAUGAAGAUUUUGUGGGCAAUUCUGCACUUUGCCUUCUUCGAAAUGCCUCCUGCUCUGGCAAGGCUCCAAUUGUGGAAACAGCGCACCGUAAGAAGAGUAAGGCCAGCCUUGUUGCACUUGGAGUUGGAACUGCAGUGGGGGUUAUUUUUGUCUUGUGGAUUACCUAUGUGGUUUUGGCAAGGGUUGUUCGUUCAAGAAUGCACGAGCGCAAUCCGAAGGCGGUUGCUAAUGCUGAUGAUUCAUCGGGGUCUGCUAACUCAAGCUUGGUGCUGCUUUUCCAGAACCAGAACAACAAAGAUCUCAGCAUCGAGGACAUCUUGAAGUCCACGAACCACUUUGAUCAAGCAUAUAUUGUUGGAUGUGGAGGUUUUGGCCUUGUCUACAAAUCAACACUGCCAGAUGGGAGGAAAGUUGCAAUCAAGCGGCUUUCAGGCGACUACUCUCAGAUUGAGAGGGAGUUCCAAGCCGAGAUCGAGACACUUUCAAGGGCUCAGCAUCCCAACCUUGUUUUGCUGCAGGGCUACUGCAAGAUCGGCAACGACAGGCUAUUGAUCUACUCAUACAUGGAGAAUGGCAGCUUGGAUUACUGGCUUCACGAGAGGGCUGACAGCGGCGCACUGCUGGAUUGGCAAAAGAGGCUACGGAUCGCACAGGGUUCAGCAAGGGGGCUGGCAUACUUGCACCUGUCAUGCGAGCCCCACAUAUUGCACCGAGAUAUCAAGUCAAGCAACAUCCUCUUGGAUGAUAACUUUGAUGCCCACCUGGCCGAUUUUGGAUUGGCGAGGCUCAUCUGUGCGUACGACACGCAUGUCACCACAGAUGUUGUAGGAACCUUGGGCUACAUUCCUCCAGAGUACGCGCAGUCGCCCGUCGCAACUUACAAGGGCGACGUCUACAGCUUCGGCAUCGUUCUGCUGGAGCUGCUCACCGGCCGGAGGCCUGUGGACAUGUGCAGGCCAAAAGGAACCAGGGACGUCGUGUCGUGGGUGCAUCAGAUGAGGAAAGAAGACAGAGAAACUGAAGUUUUUCAUCCGAAUGUGCAUGACAAGGCGAUUGAGGGCGAGCUGCUGAGGGUGCUUGAGAUAGCAUGCCUCUGCGUGACCGCCGCUCCAAAGUUAAGACCGUCGUCGCAGCAGCUUGUCACGUGGCUCGACGAUAUCGCUGAAAAUUGGACUUUGAUCCAGUGACAAAGCUUCCGGUUGCUUUUGUUUUUUUUGCUUGAGCAGAGAAUGUAGCUCAGUGAAAUGAUUAGCCAUGUACAUAAUAGUAUUUACAUAGCGAGAACCAACCUGAGGUUGGGUGGUUAGGAGGGUGGUUGUACCCCCAGCCCACCAGAGUUCAAAUCCCAGAUUUGACAUCUGUGUGUCUCAUAAAGGCGGAAUAUUCAUUCAGUGGGAGGCGACGUUCCCGUCGACAGCGAGGCGCCUGUGGUGACUUCGUCAAUUUCAAGAUUCAAUCCGCCGGCUCAGUCUUCCGGAGGUGCUCAUAGGGGUAGGGUGUGCGUGUGUGCGUUCAUAGGGGUGAGUGUAUGCGUGUGUAUGUGAGCGUCUGCGUUUGUACUGUGUUUCUCAAAAAAAAAAAGUAUUUACAUAGCGAGAAAUGCUGAGAAUUUCCUUCGUUUGCUGUAUAUGCCCGCCUAAGGGCCCGAGCUUACCCUUUUUUCAUAAAGGUGAUCACCAGAAUGUAAAGAAAAGUUAUGCUUUGUAUUUUUGAACCAUCUGGGUAAUAAUCUAGCGUUUUUAUCUGCAGCUAUUA